GGCACUUGCGACUCGUCUGCGGCGAUAGGAGCAAAAGGAGAGAAAAAGAGAGCCUCACCUCCUCAAACAACGAGUGAGGUAGGGAAAAAGACAGAGAAAGCGAGAGGAAGGGAAGAAGCUGUGGAGUAACUUGAGAGAAAACGGCGGCUUGGAGCUCCAGCUAGGAGUGUUUAAUUGCGUGCGCUUUAUUAGAAAGUGUUUAAUUUUUACACAGAUCCGACAUGUCAUCGUCCGGUAAAGACAACAGCGGUGCCCAACACGCCAAUUACGUGGGACCUUACCGUUUGGAGAAGACGCUCGGAAAAGGACAGACAGGGUUGGUCAAGCUUGGAGUCCACUGUGUAACAUGCCAGAAAGUUGCCAUAAAGAUUGUCAACCGUGAGAAGCUCAGCGAGUCCGUACUAAUGAAGGUGGAGCGAGAAAUAGCUAUUCUGAAGCUCAUAGAACACCCACACGUUUUAAAGCUACACGAUGUCUACGAAAAUAAAAAAUAUUUGUACCUUGUGCUAGAACACGUUUCUGGUGGGGAACUGUUUGACUACUUGGUAAAGAAAGGCAGGUUAACGCCUAAAGAAGCCAGAAAAUUCUUUAGACAGAUCAUGUCUGCCCUGGAUUUUUGCCACAGUCAUUCCAUAUGCCACAGGGAUCUAAAGCCAGAGAACCUGUUGCUAGAUGAAAAGAAUAACAUCAGGAUAGCAGACUUUGGCAUGGCAUCCCUUCAGGUUGGAGACAGUCUGUUGGAAACCAGCUGUGGAUCUCCACACUAUGCAUGUCCAGAAGUCAUCAGGGGGGAAAAGUAUGAUGGAAGGAAAGCAGACGUCUGGAGCUGUGGGGUCAUUCUUUUUGCUCUUUUGGUGGGAGCCCUGCCGUUUGAUGAUGACAACCUAAGGAAUCUUCUGGAGAAAGUGAAGUUGGGAGUGUUUCAUAUGCCACACUUCAUUCCUCCAGACUGUCAGAACCUUCUCCGUGGCAUGAUUGAAGUGGAUGCCUCCAAAAGACUAACGUUAGAACAGAUCCAGAAGCACACAUGGUACAUAGGGGGGAAAAAUGAACCAGAGCCAGAGCAGCCUGUGCCCAGGAAGGUGACCAUUCGCAGCCUGCCCUCUGCAGACGACAUCGACCCAGAUGUCCUGGACAGCAUGCACUCCCUGGGCUGCUUUAGAGACAAAAACAAGCUACUGAAAGACCUGCUCUCAGACGAUGAGAACCAAGAGAAGAUGAUCUACUUUUUGCUAUUGGAUCGUAAGGAGCGGUACCCCAGUCAAGAGGACCAGAACCUUCCCCCUCGCAAUGAGAUUGAUCCCCCAAAAAAGCGGGUGGACUCCCCCAUGUUGAAUCGUCAUGGCAAAAGGAGACCAGAGAGGAAGUCCAUGGAGGUGCUCAGUGUCACAGAUGGAGGCUCACCUGUACCAGCUAGGAGGGCGAUCGACAUGACACAGCACGGACAAAGUAAAUCAGUGUACAGUAAAAGCUUGGAUAUUCCUGACGCCAGAACAAAAUGCAGCAAAGAUGAAAGGUCGCGGUCUAUUAGUGGAGCCUCCUCUGGCCUCUCCACCAGUCCCCUCAGCAGCCCACGAGUUACCCCUCACCCCUCCCCUCGAGGCAGCCCCCUCCCCACCCCUAAGGGCACUCCAGUGCACACUCCCAAGGACAGCCCAGCUGGAACCCCGACUCCAACACCGCCUCCAAGCCCCUCUAUUGGAGGCAUGCCUUGGAGGACGCGUCUCAACUCCAUCAAGAACAGCUUCCUGGGCUCGCCACGCUUCCACCGCAGGAAACUCCAAGUUCCUACACAAGAGGAGAUGUCCAGCCUCACGCCAGAGUCUUCCCCAGAACUUGCCAAAAAAUCUUGGUUCGGUAACUUCAUCAACCUGGAAAAAGAGGAGCAGAUUUUUAUCGUCAUCAAAGACAAGCCUCUCAGUUCCAUCAAGGCAGACAUCGUUCAAGCCUUCCUCUCAAUUCCCAGCCUGAGCCACAGUGUGAUCUCUCAAACCAGUUUCCGAGCAGAGUACAAGUCCACAGCCGGCCCCACUGUCUUCCAAAAGCCGGUCAAAUUUCAGGUGGAUAUUACCUACACGGAGAGCACAGCUGCCACAAAAGAGAAUGGCAUCUACUCUGUCACCUUCACCCUGCUAUCAGGACCAAGUCGGCGUUUUAAGCGAGUGGUUGAGACGAUUCAGAGUCAGUUGUUAAGCACACAUGAUCAGCCUGGUGUCCAACAAUUGUCUGGAAUUAUCCAGAAAACCUAUUAAAGUCCCUCCUCCUGCUCCCUGCUUCAUUCGUCCUCCCUCAACCGCCCCUCCACCCCCUCGAGUGCCCUGAGAGAGACGGACAUUUGUUGACGGAGGACUGCUUUUAAAGGUGCGCUGAGGGGUUACCAUGGAAACAGCCCCUUCAUGCAGACUUCUGCCUUCAUCUUCCUCCACACCCCUACUCAACCUCUGCCAGCCAUCAGUAGAAGUAGAUGAAAAUCCUUCAGUAAUAACCCCCCUGUCUUUUUUUUUUUUUUGAAGAACACUCAAGCACACACUUGCAAACACACACACACAACAAUAUCUCACCCUUCCAUCACCAACCAGCCCCUUUUCCUUUCUGACUUACAGAAGCAUUUGUUGAUUGAAAAAUAAGCAUUAAUCAAAAACACUUAAGAAACUACAAACACAAAACAUCCACACCCACAGGUCAAAUAUGCACAGAAAACUCUGGGAUGUUUUAAUGACGAAGAACAACAUCCAAAAUACAGAAGACCCGAGGAGGAGGGACAUGAGAGGAGUUUUGUGGAAAGCCCAAACAGCUGACACGGAUGCUUGCUGGAUUGUAUUUGUUUGCUUUUUAAUGUACAUUCUUUGUGAUGAACUGGGUUUGAAUUACAAACUGAUUUUAUUAGACUUAAUACUAUUGCUGCAAAAUGGACUGGAAUUGUUAUUUCAGAGAGGUGCUGGGUGAGAGCAGGAAUAGGCAA